AUGGACACCCUGGGCGCCGUUUUCUCUCUACUUGCUUUGGCCGUUGAAGGAACCUUCGACAUCCUAGGCGGUAUCAUGUUUAUCGUCGUCCUCAUCCUCGAACUCGGCAUCUUCGCCAGCCACAUCAUCUGGCGCUUCCAUUUUUGCAAAGAGCGAAAGGCAGCCAAGGCAUCUGGCAUGAGUAUCGAUGAAUUUCUGAGCUCUAGGAGAGCCAUCAGUGGUAGCAGCAGCAGUUGCUGUGAUGGUCGUGGUGGCAUUUACUAUGAGCCUCCUCCUCCUCCUCCUACUACUACUGUUGUUCAUGGUGCUGUUGUUGAAAAAGGGGUGCACAUGGAGCGGAAUCCGUCUGAAGCUGUACCAGCUAAGAAUGUGGUUAUCGGUAAGGGUUCCGUCAAUGCGGAGAACGCGGUAUAUGCAGCUGGAGAUGUCGACUUGGAAUCGCAGAGUCGGUAUAGUUAUGUAAAUGUGGAGGAUAACGAGUAA